CGGCGACGUUCCGGCGCAUUGAGACACAUGAGGCAUGACAGUCGGACGGACAACUUAUAAAUCAUAAUUCCAGCGCCGUGUGGAUGGGCUGCACCCAGCCAGUGCAGCCGCGUCCAUAGCCAGUCGUCAAGGUGCGGCAUGCCCAGUCUAUGGGUGUACCUGCUGUUGCUGCUGCUGGUGACGGCAGUGGCGGUGCCGCCGACCCUGUCGUCGCCAGUACCGGCGGCACGCGUCUGGAUGCUCGCCUGGUCCGACCACAAGAUGACCGUGCUGGCCUCGGUGCCGGCCUCCUCGAGGACCGAGUGCGGCGUCCGCUGCGCCCGCCGCCAGGGCUGCGCGGCCGCCUCCUUCGACCCAAGCAGCGCGUCUCUGCCGUGUCGCCUGCUGGCCUGCCAGACCGGCUGGGUGCCCCUGGAGGCCAACUGCUACGCGCUGUUCUCCAACAUCCUCUCAUGGACGGACGCCAGUGUGGCGUGCGUCAACGCCGCCGGGGGUCACCUCGUCUCCAUCCACUCCGAGGUGGAGAACCUGUUCGUGGACCUGCUGGCCGACCUGCACGGCGUGCCACGACUUCACCUGGGCCUCAUCAACGACGGCAGCGGCCAGCAUUGGGUGGACGGGUCUCCGCUCGAUUUCACCAAGUGGUCCGCCGGGGAGGGAUCCGACGUACCCGGCGCAGAGAAUGGCUUCCUGCCGGUGACGGCAUCCCUGCUGGCGGCGGAAGGCACUGCCUGGGCCGACAACAGUGCCGGUGACGCCUACCACUUCAUGUGCAAGCGGGAGAGGGUGCUGCCGGCCGCCUAAACAGGCUGAACACGCUCCCGCUGCUGCAGAAGAAGGGUGUGCUCAUUGCUCGUGGGAUGCCGUCCGUGGGGAUUUCAUGGGAGCGUUUUUUCCCCAUAGCAGAAGGGACUGGUGGAAGGAAGAGUUGAAGCAUCAAGACACCGUCGAGCAGUGUGUGAUGGUUAGAUAUAUCAGGCAGCGACAUGAAUUGAUACUGAUAGGUGAUUGUGCUGUUUUCAAGUGAUCUGAAUAAUGAGCUAUC